CUCAGGCGGCCACAGAAAGCCCACAGCACAGGUCCCAGCUGAACCGCAAGCUACUGUCACACCGUCCCCAGUUCAGAGCAAAGCAGAAACUCAAGGCAGACGGUGCUCCCCUAAAGCAGCACCCCAAAAGAUGCUGGGGCAGGCGCCAUGGUCAAGGCUGUCUCCUUCUGGCUCUGCCAUCCUGCUGCUGGCACUCUGUACAGCUGCCAGCAUGAGCUCCCAGGACAUCUGCAGCCCCCCAGGUACUCGUGAGUCCUUCCCUCCCAGACCCAGGGCACUUGGAAGCCCAACCACUGUGAGCUCUGCCCUAUGGCAGCCCUUCACUGCUGUGUCUCCUCCAGGGUAUCUCCAAGCUCCUGCUCUCCAAAUGAACUCAACUUCUGCUCAGCCAGGUACAAGAGUUUUUUCUCCAGUGUAUUCUCCCUGUGGUGUCACCUGUAAGAAAAAUCAUUUUCUGCAAGGAUGGGAAGGAGGUGUACAGUCUGAAAGCCCAGCAAGGGCAGCUGAACUACUCCGUGGUCCUGAACAUCACAUCAAGAAGCGCAGGAAGAUAUACAUGUGGGUACAAGGAGUGGAAUGAGAUGAAACACAUUGAGGAGCUCUGCCCUCAGUGCUGGCCGCAUCCUGGAUAUCCCUGGUGCAGGUGCUGGCAUGACCACCCAGGACAUCUGCAGCUCCCCAGGCAAUGUGGUGAGUUCCCCAGCAAGUCCACCACCCCCCAGGUGAGAGAUUCCCUCCUAUACCCCCAGAAACCCAAGCAUGGGGAGUGGGCGUGCUGUGCUGCCUUCCCCAGGGCAUGGGGACAAGCAGGAGCUUUACAGGGCAGGAGCUGUGCCAGCUGCACGGGUGUGUCCUGCUCCCUGCCUCUCCCCAUCACACCCCGCUGCCCUCACACCCUCUGUCCCCCAGAUCCACAUGCAUGGAUCCCGCACGCUCUCCCCACAAGCACGGUGCUGGCAGUGGCGGCCGUCGGCCUGUCCUCCUGUCUACAGGCAGCUGGUUUGCCAUCAGGAAAGGUGCCUGCAGAGGGAGAUGCCCAAGGCAGCAGCACGUUGACAGCCCACAGAUGGAAACCACAGACCAUGGCGAAGUCACAUGUGAGUACUACCUCCUCCCUUGGCGGCAGCCAUGCACCCGUCUCAGGUGGAAUCCCACCACUUCAUUUCCCACUGGGAUAUAGAAAAUCCCUGCCUGUUCAUCAAGGCCAGGUUUCUCUCCAGCACCUUAUGUCCUGCUUCUUCCUUGCAUGCAGAGUGUGGCUGCUGCCUGCACAAGGGACAUGGCAGCAUGCCAGUGCUCCCAGGGACAAAGCCCUUUUGCUUGGGGGGUUCCUUCCACACCAGCUCCGUCCUCAGGCUGCAUUUCCCCUGCUUCAGCCUCUGCUUUUGUCCUUUCUUCAGUUUCUCUUCAGUGUCAUUUCUGCUUCAAGAACUACACAAAGUACAUCACAGCAACGAAAGCUGUCGCUCUGUUUCCUUGCACUGCUGGGGAAAAUAUUUUAUAGCUCAUUCUGAAACCACAGGCAGCAGCCAAAGGAGGAUGUUGUGGUUGGGCGACAGGCUAUAGAUAUAUCCCCACCCUACGUGCACUUAGCACGAGUUGCAGCACAACCUUGUUUACCCAUGCCUGUACAGAGCAUUUUGCAAGGUGUGCUGGCUGUGCAAAGAGAGGCGAUGCCACAGAAUGGUGGAAAUACACCAAAACCUCAGCAUCUUUGCUCCACUGCUGCUUAAUGCACGUCCUAGAUCAGGGUGAUGGGAGGGGAAAUGUGGUCAGGCAUUGAGUGUUAACCCCAGGCAGCUGAUUCCCAAAGCUUGCAGGGGUUCACCCCCUCCAAUCAGCAAGGGCUCAUCGAGUGUU